AUGGCUUCGAAAUACGUCGACAUUGAUGAAGAACCAGCACACACACAACGUUUUUCGGAUAUCGCUGGAGAACCUUGCCGAAUGCUAAUGCCGAUUCAAGGAUAUGAAAAAAAGCCUCUUGUUUCACUUGAAGAUGCUGUGGAACCUAUCGUUUCGUAUGUACCUGAUGUGAAACGAAUGGCCUAUAUUGCAAAAAUGAAAUGUGCAGAGCUUUCACCAGGAGGAUUACCCAUGGAUCGAGCAGCCUCAAUCACGCUCUAUUCAAUGGAAUGGGAGCCUCAAGAUGAAUGUCUGUAUUAUAUAUUAAAUCAGACACUACGAAAUGAAAAUCGGCAAAAACUGAAACCGUGGUUCCUUUAUCUCCGGCUGAUUCUUACUGCACUGGCUCAACUGCCGUCAUCUGUUCGUAAUGUUUAUCGUGGAGUUAAACGUGACAUGAGAAAAGAAUAUCCAGAAGGAAAAACAUUUGUUUGGUGGGGAUUCAGUUCUUGUACAUCCAAGAUAAACGUACUCCAAAAUGAACAAUUUUUGGGUACAACAGGUCCAAGAACUUUCUUUACGAUUGAAUGUAAUAGUGGCAAAGAUAUCCGAAAAUACUCCUGUUUUAAAGCUGAAGGUGAAAUUCUUCUUCCAGCCGCAAGACAAUUUAAAGUCGAAGCAUGUCUUAGCCAAGCAAAAGUUCCAGAAGCAGCAGCAGUAGCAAAAGUUCCAGCAGCAGCAGUAACAAAAGUUCCAGCAGCAGCAGUAACAAAAGUUCCAGCAGCAGCAGUAACAAAAGUGCCAGCACCACUAAAACCAAUUGGCAGUUCUCCUGAAUCAAAAACGACAACCACAGCACGGGAAGAUGCUGUUCUUGGCUUGUUUGGUUAUGAUGAUAAAAAACUUGAACCAUCUCCCUAUUCGAUCAAUUGUCUAUUACAAAAAUCAUCGAAACAUAUGAAAAAAUAUUCUCAUCCUUAUCCGUAUUCUGAACUUUGUUCUAAUAAAGACAAAGAGCCCAAUCUAACACAUGAAUCCCACAAAGUAGAACAAUGCUCAUUGAAGAGUUCGUGUCAAAAACUUGAUGAUCCUGUUCAUCGAGCAAAGUAUCGACAUCCAGGCUAUCCUGAUUUUCUUAUUCCGUGCCUUGAUGGAUUGAAUUGUCGUAAUAAAACAUCGGAUCAUCAGACAAAAUAUUCACAUGGUCAACCAGUAGAAAUAGCGCGCGAUAAAAUACAUGAUACAUCCCAUAAAUCAUCGAAACCCCAUACUGAAUAUGAUAGGAACAUUGGCGAAUAUCAUCAAUAUCAACAUCUAGGGUCUCUACUUGAAGUUUAA